CCUACCACCCGUUAAAGGAAAGCGCGCAGAGAGCGCGCGCGCAUAGUGCAACUCACAAAGCCAUCCAUUGAGACGUAAAUGCAGGUCGCUAACUAGCGGGCGGGAAUGGCUUUUGCGUAUUCAGUCUUGUCUAAGGAUCUCUAUUCUUAUUACACUGCCCACAUAAAUACUUGGGAAGAAAAUGUCUUCACCGACAAAGCAAGUUAGUGUCCGUCGGCUACCCCCGCUUCCAAAUCAAAUAACACUACGCAAUCUGAAGGAAAAUGGAAACCCGACCGAAGUCGCACAAACUGAAAACCUCAAAGGAAAGCCUUCAGGAGGUAAGGAAUUGUUUUUAUUCAUUUUUCUGAAUGUCGUGCGAUAAGUGCAGGUUUUUGCCCUUGGCAGUAACUGAUUUUUUCCUGAGGUUUCAUGAAGUAUGUUUAUAUUUUUCUUACAAGUACACCAUUUAAGUGAGGGAUGUAACUCAAUUGACAGCUCGCCGCCGUGAUAUGAAUCAAAACGUUGUAAUCUUCAAUGAUACUUGAAAGAUUUGCCUUUACAAACUCUCGUUGAGAAAAAAUAUAUAUAUCCGCGUUAGCUGAAUUGCAUUGCAUACCAAAGAAGAACGAUCGGAUAAAAUUAUAAUGUACUGUAGGCUUUAUUACUUUUAAGUUUAACUGAAUUUUACAGUGAAUUUCUCCUUCUCCAGUAAUGAACCGGACAGGCCAUUAAUUUGUUAACCUUUGAAAAUGUUAUAUUCAGAUCAAAGCCGGCCGGAAGAGAAACAUUACUCUUAUGUCGAUUAUCUAGACAUUUUGUCGCUGUCAGUAGAACGGUAAAACCGUUUUAAUUGCAUGAUUCGCAAAAAUCGAGGGUCGUAUUUAUUAUUAGCUUAUAAAUCAUGUAAGCUUAAGGUUAUGAUGUUUUCAGCUUAAAUGCCGGUCACACACUUUUCAGAGAUUCGGGAGCUUUUCUUUCUUUCCCCGUCUCUAUUUUUUUAAUCAAUUUCUUCGUGGACGAACUAUAUCUAUGCAAAUUUACUAUUACUCAAACGCGAGACAAAUUAACCAAAAAUCAGUAUGACCUGUUUAUUAGUUGAAUUUACAAAAAACAAAAUUUCAUGACAGUUUCGAAGGGUAAAAUAAUUAUAAUAACAACUUGCUUGUAUAAAAUUGAAUUGCCAAGAAAAAUAUAUUUGGCAGAGAUUUUAUUCUCGAUAAUAGAAGUAAAAUAAUUUUAGCAACAGUCAUUACUUAUUUAUGGCCAACAAAACUUCUAGCAACCUCCAUAAAUGCACAUGUCUAAUACGUCCCAAUUGUAUAAAAGCAGUCUGAGAGCAGCGGCAGACAAAAACAUCUGGCAAAGCUUUGUGAAACAUCGGAAAUGGAAUCUUGUAAAACCCGGAUUGAUUACUUUUCUUUAGAAAGCUAUUUGAAAAGCGAAUUGUAAACUUUUUGUGAAGCAACACACAAAACUACUUAGAACAAAAACCUUUUAGACGUAAACCGGAAGUUACCUUGAGUUAACAUUUCAACCAUUUCCGGUUAGUUAUACUCUGUUUCAAUUUGGAUGUCUACGAUUUAAAACAAAUCUCUAAAAGGAUAUAGCUACAUCAUAAUGUGACGAACCCGCAAAAGUAGUGAAUCAAAAUUAAUUCACUUUUAGUCAAAAUAAGAGAGGCAUCCUGCCAAGUGUGAUAUUAAAAUGAGAGUCUCAUGCAGUUUUCAAUAUUCUACUUAUCUCAGUCAGGGUCAGGCCAGCUGCUGGGUGAUGGAUAAUCAAAAAAUCACACACUCAACUAAUUGCUUCAAACUUCAAAUUAAAAAUUAGAGCAAUGUGCAGUUCCAAGGUGGUCAUGUAAUUUUUUUUGGUGUUGUUUUCAUUAUCAUCUGAUUACUCCAUGAUAAAUGGUUGUCUCACAUUUAUUUUUUUCAGUUAAUGUAAAAUUUUUCUAUUUUUUUCUUUCAGCAUUAAAGCUGUGUUCUCUAGCAGUGCAUGUUAACAGAUUGUAAUAAACACUUUUUGCUUAAGAUGGAAGAAUGAAAAAAAAAGGUCAAAAUGUGUAUCGAUCAUUUCUUAUUUCAUUAUUAAAAAUUGAAAUUGAAUAGAACAAUAGCAAAUUGAGCCAAGCAUAAGCUGAGAUUUUCCCCCAUUUUUAUCAGUUUGAAAACAAUAACAAUAAGUCAUUUUAUUAUUAUUAUUAUUGUUAUUAUCAAAUAUUAUUAUUUUUGUUAUUAUUAUUACUGUUAUAUAUAGUAUUAGCAUUCAUCAAUGCCUAGGAUACUUGGUGCCAUCAUUCCUUCCUUAAUGUAAUUAAAUGUCCAUUUACACCUGUAAUUUACAAGUGUAACCAUUGUUUCAGAGUCUGAAAACAAUAGCUACACUUGUAAAUUACAUUUGUACAAGUUUUAUUAACUUGACCCCAGCACUUUUCACAGAAUCCUUCCUGACCCCAGCAAGGUUAUUCAUUGUAAAAUUUCCAUGCAAUAUGGCAUUCCCAACUGUCCCAUUAUUAUUAUAUAAAAAAAAAAAAUUAUCAUUAUUUUGUUAUUUUUUUCACUAGCGGUUCUCUCUGAAUUGCAAGUCAAGGAAUACCUUUUAGCAAAUCCUUGCAUCUUGGAAGAAUUUAUCAUGGCUAACACCAGCCAGGAACAACUUGAGAGAUGGUUGAUUAGAAAAACACAGUCCUUAGAACAUAUAAUAGGAAAUAUAAACAAUGGUAUGUAUUUGAAUAAUGUAUAUUAUUUAUGUUUAUCUUUGUAUUCUUUUCUUCUUCUCCAUAAUUAAUCGUGAAGAAGAAAAUCCAAACUUGGCAAGAUGAAGAACAGUUGUUCUUAACAGGGUGGGUGGGUGGGUGGACCUGGGGUGGGGGGUAGGGAAUUAGGAUGGGAGUAGGGUGGGGAGAGGGCUGCAGUUAUGUCUAUUUGUUUUGUCUGUUUCUUUUGUUGUAGUUUAUUACUUUUAUUAUCAUUAUCAUUAUCAUUAUUAUUGUCAUCGUCUUCGUCAUCGUUAUCCUCAUCAUCAUCAUCAUCAUCAUCGUCAUGGUCAUGAUCAUCAACUUCAUUAUUAUUGUAAUCAUAACUAUAACAAAAUUUUCAAAUCUGAUUGGUUAUCAACUGCCCUGAUUUCAGCCUUAAUAGGAACAAUUUAGUCAUGCCUGAGUAAUUGGACAGUAUGCGCCAUCACGCGUGCGCUUAAAUGGCUUUUUUCACUGCUAGCAUAAAAAUUGGAAUUUCUUCUGUUUUGAUUUAAGAAAAGAGCCUUAUAUAUCACAAAUUUAGUUAAAGUUAUGAUUAAUUGGUAAAAGAACUUCAGGUCGUCCAAUUCGGUCUGUGAUCAUACUCGUGAUUAAACAAAAUGGGACUCCCGCUAUGGGGUCGUCUGAUUUUGUUAAUCACUCGUAUGAUUACAGACCGAAUUGGACUCCACUCAGUCCUGUUACCAUUACUUAUCGCUAUCACUAUCAUCACUAUCAUAAUCAUUAUUAUUAUUACAUCAUCUCAUUUUGCUCUUUUCUGUUGCUGUUGUUUUUGGUUUUUCUAGUUAAUUUUUCUUUAUAAGAUCCUUACUUUUUGGACAAAUGCUCUCAGAGAUCUUUAAGUAACUUUGCUUGGGUACUUUACUGUAUAACCAAGCCCUGCCCGAUGCCGCUCCUUUCUUAAUCACGGUAAGGUUGGGAAGGGGGAAGUUAAAAGGCGCUGCAAAGAGCACAGUUUUGGUGUGAAUCCUUGAAAGAUAAAGCCUUUCCAGUAUGAUGCUGCAGGUCGGUAUGAUUGGAAGAUGGCAAUAUUUUGACUAUUGGCUUAAUAUUGCUGCUAUAGAAAGUUAGGAGACACAUGCUCAUUUUUUAAAACUUUAUUUGGUUGCUAUGAAGUCUGAUCAUCAUGACCAGAUGGCUUUUAAUACCGUUUCUUUUGUGUGUGUGUUUUUUUACAGGCUUGAGACCCUCACUCUCUAAAUGGAAGGUAUAUAUAUAGCCAUUCAAUUACAGUUCCUAGGCCUGUUUCAGGCAUUGAACUUUCCAUGUGCCAAAUUGAGUGGUUAUGUGGAAAAUCUACUGUUGUUGCUCAUGAUUCAGCACAUGUAAAGUUGCUCAUUUGAAAUGUGUGUUUUUUGCUCAUUGACUGGGCAAAAUUUCCUCUAUAAUUUAUCUAUAGCUCGGCAAUGAGUGGCUAUUAUCCCAGUGAAAAUGUAUUACGAUCACGUGCGUUUGGACCUUCUAUCACUCGUUCUGAUAACGCGUGUUUUGACCAUCUAUCCAUGAAACUUACGCAAAGUACAGCGUUGGAACAAAAAGCGUUUUGGGCUCAUUCUCGGUGUGAGAAAAUGUUGAACUCACGGCUGACGUAAAACAAAGAAAGCAGAAACCAGCACAAUAGAAGCUAGAGAAGCUAGAAAAAAAAAAGGUGUGAAACAAAGAAAAAGUUAUACCCGCGUUUUGACCCUCGAUCGUUGUCUCAAUCGUUGCUUUUCAUAGGGCCACGAAAAGAAAUCCAGUAUAGUAUUAACCCAGCCUUAAUUUAUGGUUUUAUUCUUGUUUCUGUUUGUUUGUUCGUUUGUUUGAUUGUUUUGAAUUUCACAAAUUGGAACUUGCUUUUAUUAUUAGGGUAAAAAGCUUAAAUGGCCGUACUCACACUAGAGACAGAUUAUCCGUCUGAGCCGGACGGGUUAUCCAUUGGAUAAUUCGCAUCACACAGAUAAUACGUCAGUGAUACAUCUUAAUUUGAAAAUGGAACAGUCUUAAGUUUGGAUGGAAAAUCCGCCUGACUUUAUCCAUCUAUUUUUCUGUCAAUUUUGACGGAUUUUGAAGAUGGAUUAUCCGUCUCAGACGGAUACUCCGUCUCUAGUGUGAAAAAGGCCAAUGUGAGUUUAAUGUUAAUAUCAUUAUUUGUAAAGGAGUUAGUAUUUUGCCAUUGAAAUUCAAGGUAUACCGGUAAUUUGACUUGAACUGUUUGUGUUUGGGCUGCAGUUCUGUGUUCAUACCGAUAAGAGGAAAAUGCUUCAACAGCUGACAAGAGACAUCAAUCAACAACCAAAGAAAGUCAAGGUCAUGCAUGAGCUGGUCAAAAGUGUUGCAGCAGGUCAGGUUACUUUCUUUUCACUUCCUUGUCUCCUUCUUAUGUAAUCCUAGCCUCCCCGCAGACGUCCUCUGGGGUUCGUUCGUCACGCAUUCAUUUGACCCCCACGGGGGAGAAAUUCAUUUCUCCCUCACUGUCAGUGGGGAGAAAUGAAUGCGUGACGAACGAACCCCAAAGGACGUCUGCGGGGAGGCUAAUGUAAUCCUCCAUUCAUUCAUUUGUUCUAAACUAGAAUACCGUAUUUAUUCGAAUAAGCGCCCAACCUCGAAUUAGCGCCCACCUCGAAUAAGCGCCCAUCCUAAAGACAGAAAAAGGUAAUAAGCGCCCAGCCUCGAAUAAGCGCCCACCCCACCACACCUUCCUCCCACUCCCACUCAAACUCAAAUUAGCGACCACCCCCAAAAAUUGAAUAAAUACUAAUAAGAGACUUCCUCGAAGAAGGAACCUUGCUUUGUUACAUCUUCGCGUUCUGUUAUUACCAUUUAUUGUUUUGUUGGAAAACUAUUCUACACUUUGCUGAAAAUGUUGAAAAUUUAAUAAGCGCCCAGCCUCGAAUAAGCGCCCACCUCGAAUAAGCGCCCACCUCGAAUAAGCGCCCACUCUCAAGGUCCAAAAAUUUAAUAAGCGCCCCUAAUAAAUUUUAGGGAUCAAAGGAUGGAAACAGAAUCAAAGGAUGGAAACAGAGUAAAUUGUGUUUGGGGAGAGAGGGAGGUACAAUACCAGCUCUAAAAUUGAAAGCUGAGCCGUACUUUAACUCCUAUCGGUUGGAGUUAAUGCGAACCCAGUCCCUGUCAACAUUGAUUAUCAUUCUCCCCAUAUCGGCCUUCACGGACAGUGUUGGUUCUGUUUUAUGACACUAAAACUAUGUUAGCACAACAUCGUUGAAUCAAUAUCUGUCCUUCUUUACAGACACAUUACUUGUAUCUCUUGCCUUCUGUUCUUAUACUUAUAUACAAAGUUUUUUUUUUUAUGUUUUAUUAAAUUUCUUUUUCCCCGUCAAUCUCGUUUUAAUAAAGAAUUUGCUCGUUUUGCAGCAACUCAUGCAAACACGCAUUCUCUUUACUUGGUUGACAAGAACGGACGAGUAAGUGUUAACCAGAUACAAUUUAAAUCCGAACGUUUGUAGCCUGAGAAAACAGCCGUCAUUUCGCGAUGCCACCAUUGGCUUUCCCCGCGAAAUGACGUCCGAGGAAAGAGCGCAGUAACUCCGUGCUAUACUGAUGCCUUGUCACUAUUGCCUUUGAAUGGUCAUGCCGCGUGAGAAAUUUGCUUCAACCAAUCAGAAGCACUGCCUGAAUCUGGGUAGUGACGCGUCAACAGUAUGGAAUUUCUACGCUCGUUCCUGAGACGCGUCAUUUUGAGGGGAAACCGGUGGUGGCGACGCGGAAUGUCGGCUGUUUACUCAGGCUAAAACGCAUAUAAAAAGCUAUUGUAACAAAACUGAAUGCAAACCUGGCAAUACGACAAUGGGCGGAUUUAUUUGAGGCCAAUAUUUGGGCUAAGAAAAUUAUCCAAAAUUAUUGCCAGCCUUGCAUUGGGUUUUGUUUUAAUUCCCACUUCAUGUGACAUCUGGCAAUAGUAUCUCCGACAUUAGAGAUCAUCCGGCAAGAAAGAACCAGUCGUUUUUAUUUACGCUUUGAGUGGACCUCUGCAUUCAAGGGUUUUUACUAAGCUAUUGCAGUCAGUGGCGAAAAGCAACGGAAAACAGAUGAUAUGAUUUCGAAGAGACUACUGAUUUCAGUAUAGCGAGCGUACGUUUUCAACAAUCAUAAAGCGAGGCGAUUCAAAGACACUUUCUUAACCAUAAAUUACAGUGAUGUCUCUUAUUCCAAAGUACUAUUCCAAAGUAAUGAGCUCUUGGUUCUCAAUCCGUGGACUUAAGUCGCAAUAGUCCAUUUAUCGGCAAUCAAGAAUAGUGCGGUUUGGAGAAGGGGCUUUUAAUUUUUAUUUUUUUCAAGGAGCUAAGAACAUUUGGACCCUUUAGACAUUUUCUCAAUUAGCUGAAAUACUUUAAUGAAUCUUUUUUUUUUUUUCUGCGAUCAAAAGUUAAUCGUUUGGAUUUCAUUUUUCAAAGGGUGCCAACAAAAAAUUGAUUGUUUUGGUUUAGGUAGCCUGUCCAUAGGCCCUAUAUACCGGUAUAUAUUUUCUCAAUUAGAGAUCUUUGGGCGCGCAUGGAAAUAAAAACCGUGGGGUAUUUUUUGACCACAAGCGCUCGUUCUCGCGCUCCCCGAGGAAAAACCAGGGAAAACGUCUGUGAACGGUUUUUGUUUUUGUUUUUGUUUUCUGUGCCCCUGCGUUCCUUCGCGCAAAUCACAUUGUUGAAAAGGACACUGGGCUAACGGCUGGAAUUUGAGCCUAUCGUAGUUCUGGCCAGGUUUUUAUUUCAUCUUUUCGCCUUUGUUUUUUUUUCACAGGACAUAUAUCUAUACUCGGAAACUAAACCAAGGUAAGAUUUCAGUAAUAUUACUCUUCUACAACCGCUAGCGUUAGUAUAGGUUAUGACUGGGUGCUUGUGAUAUGACUCACUUUAUCUCUACAGUGCUUGUAUUUCAACUUGUUGUCGUUGUUGUUGUUUGUUUGUUUGUUUUGUGUCUUGCACUCUGCCUUACUAGCUUUAAAAUACCCGCGAUUCAGUGUCUUAUGUUCGUUCAAACUCAAAGUCUUUUCUUUUUUUGCCGUUAAACAAAAUUGGGAAACGUGCUUUUCUUUGUCAACCGCAAACAUCUAUUGAUGUAACAAAAUUGCUGAAUAUAUUCACACCCAUAUUUCACGGUUACAGUAUUAGAGAGGACACGCAAUUUCUCCAUCGCAAAUGCUGUAGAUUUUCAUCAAGUCAUCCAUAUAAUACUGAACUUGGCCGUCAGAUAAUUACUUGCCUGCAUAACAGUCAAUCGUUUCCGUUUUAUGGAAACGACUGCUACGCAUUGGAAUCACUAAUCAGCUAUAACUGCAAAAAACAUUUGCUAAAAUACAACGUAUUGUUCAUUUGUUUCUUUGUUAAUUGCUUUAUGUAUGUUUGUCUUAGAUCGCGAUCUCUCUGCCGUCAAACUAUUGGAAAAGGAGGCACUGUGGCCGCGUAUGUGGCGGAGACUGGGCAGAGACUGUUUGUAAAGGACAUUCUUGGGGUAAAUUGUGGACAGCCAUUAAUUUUAUUGUUACGUGUAUUUUUACUGUCUUAAAUGGUGAAAUGUUUUUAUCUUUGAGACUCAGUCAUCACAGAUUUUAAUAGUUGAUUGGUCUUGUUUCACACAGAAAAAAAUUAUUUCAAGGUCAUGUUGUUUCUGAUACCUUCAUUUCCUUGAAAAUCGUGGAUAACUAAUGAUUUUGAACUCCUUUUACGCAGGAUGAAAGAUUCCCUAAAGGAAUUGGAAUCGAAGGUGCGUACCACCCUACAGAAUGGUUGGCGGAAAGUGAAUAAAUAUAAUUGAACUGUAUUCUAUGGUAGAUUAAAUUGGUGAUCGUAUAAAGAUUUAAAAAGCGCUAGCCUUCGUGUACUUCUUUCUAAAGUAGGGGCUUGAAAAGUCAAUUUGUUCAUGAGGAACAAGUACUACAUAUAUCAACACACCAUAAACCCGUACAAAAAAACUGGGGGCUCCCUAUGUUUUUACGAGCCCAAGUAACGAAAAUGUCUUCCUGUCUCUGUGACGGACAUCUGUACCUUCAAGAGAGCUGCUAAAGGUGUACUUCAUCUCAGACUAAUUGCAGCCAGGAAAGUAUAUUCUAAAGAAAUAAAACCUUCCGCCUAAUUUCCUCGGAGAUUUGUUGAAUAAUUUCUUGUGGUAGUUUUCUAUCCUAACUACCUGUUCUUACUCUCUUUAGAGUGUCUAAGUAACCCUGUUGACUAAGAGUAUGAAAUUAGUAUCCCUGUGCUUUUGCCGUACCUCACGUGUAAAGCACGAAUUGGACUGACUGAACAAGUAAGGUGCACCUAUUGAUUUUAGUGUCAGAGAAACUUACCAUGCUAUAAUAAUGCUUGUUUUCCAGAUAGUACAGCUCAGUCCGUACUGUGUCAGCCAAUUGUACAAGCUGACGGAGCUAUAGUUGGUAAGAGGGCUUUUCGAUGACAUAAACAUAAUUGUUGUGUUGUCAAAAACCCAUCAAUUAUAAUUAUCCAUAAUUAUGAAAGACACCUUUUCGUAUCCAACUGAGCUUUGUUAACAACCUUUGCUUAAUCUUUGCUUAAUGUACCUAGCUUAAUCAAGAAAACAUAAAAGGACUUUUCUUAAGGUAACUGGUUAAUUUACUCCUUCGUACCAUCACCCUAGGGGGGAAAGUGGCUCAAUACGGUCCGUGAUUAAUAUUGACAAUGAAGAAAUCUUGGUGAAAAUUGUUAGUGCUUGUUGCUUUAUGCACACAGUUGAAGUUUUCUAAAUCAGUGCGCGCUUCAAACGGCGGGUAAAUCGCUUGGAUUGUUAACUGAAGUUAACGCUUACUUUGCAGGUAUUGUAGAGUUGGUUAAAACGUUGGGAAACUCAACUUUUGAACGGGAAGACGAAGAGGUAAAUAAUUGUUUACAUCCAAGUAUCAUGUAAUAAAUAAUUAUGUGUUUAUUUAUUAUUUGUGUUUUGUGUUUGUUUAUUUCUUGUUGAUUCCAUAAUUUGUUUGUUUUUUCGUUCUUUUUAGUUUUCUAAAAUAAUUUAUUUAUUUAUUCUUGUUUCGUCCAGCAACUUCAUUAAUAUGUAAUCAGGACUAAGAAAGACUUUUUUACCUGACUGUUUUGUCUGUUGUUUCUAGAUCGUCAAUAGCUAUCUAGCAUGGGGAAGUAUUGCUAUACAUCAUGCCGAGGUGAGUGGUUUUCUGAUUACUCAGUCACGCAGUUAGUCAAUCAAUCAUUGAGCCAGAUACUUAGGUGGUCAGUCAGUCGGCCCGCCAGUUAGACUGACAGAGAACCAUUCAGUCAGUUAGUCAGUCAGUCAGUCAGAUAGUCAGUCGGUCAAGAGUCAGUUGGUGAGUCAGUCAGUCAGAGAAACAGGCGGUCAUUCAGUCAGUUAUUCAGACGAGUCAGUCAGACAAACAGGCAGAAAAUCAGUCGAGCACCUAAUAGGUCACGAUUAAGUCUUUAAGUCUUUAUAUCAACCAACUAAUUUUAAAUUAGUUUGUCAUUUUAAUGUUAGUAGUUAGUCAUUGAAUCAAUACAGUCAGACAUUGAAUCAAUAUGGCUUUGACCUUUCGCCCGUUUAACCAGCACUUUGCUCAUCAGUGUCCUGAAUGUUUUUCUUUUGCCAUAGCUUUUACGCUGUCGAAAUCUCCUUGUUAUAGCUCGUGUGCGUGAGGAUGUGAACUUUAAACUCCUUUGUGAUUUACGAUCUGGAUAACUUGAUAGUCAUGGCUUUGCUGAUUGUAAAUUUGGUCAUUUAUUGCCAUCUUAUUUUAGUUCGCUUCCAAAAUCGUGAACUACUCAUAGCUGUCAUUUCGUGCAAUAAAAUAUUUACUCCAAUUUUCGUAUUUAGCUUUCCAAACAAAUGCAAAAGCAGAAAGACCUGAACAGCUUCUUACUAAGUGUUGUAAGGUAAGUAGACGGAAGAAAAAUGAGUUUGUUACAAGAGCUGAAGCAGCUGAGAUAUUUGCCUCGUGAGGCGCUUGGCUCAAAUGUUUGGAUUCCUCGUUUGUACGGCGGGCUUUAGACCUCACAAAAGUCUUUUUCAACCGACGUUUAAUGAGGGAAAGCAACCAUUUUUUUUACCAGAGAUUUUGGAGCUGAACUAAGAUACUUUUGGUGUCAAGAACAUAUUUUCCUUUUAGGUAAGGAUUGGAUACCAGUAUUGUAGAACGUUUUAGGACAAGUAAACGCUCUUCAAGAGUACUUAUUUUACACUGAGUUUAGCUUGCGAGAAAGCCCUCUAUUUCGAGCGGCGACAAAAGGCGCUUAUUCUCGUGAUUUUUUCUUCUAAAAUGAAAAGCUUGCUCUCAGGCCAGGUUAAGUUGAGUAUUCAAGGCCUUUUCACUGCUAAAUUUCACUGUCUUAUUAGCCUGAGAAAACAGCCGACAUUUUGCGACGCCACCACUGGUUUCCUCACGAACUGACGUCUGAGAAACGAGUACAGAAAUUCCACACUGAUGACGCGUCACUUGCCAAAUCUGAGUGAUACUUCUGAUUGGUCAUAGCCUGCGAUCAGGCGGUUCUUCUUCCCUUUAAAAAGAAAAAAAAACGCCCGAACGCAGGUUAGAUCGGUGCUGCCGCGAGGGAAAUUUGUAUGGAAUGCCGUUUGUAUCAAAAAUACUUCUUACCAUAUGUAAACCUUUACAUUAAAUAUAUGAAACAUUUUGCUUUAUGAAUAAAACUUCUUAAUUUUAGUUUUAAGGUUAUAGUGCACAAUUAAAACUUGUUACAAAAUAUAUAAAACUUGUUGAAAAAUAUAAAACUUUUCACGAUAUAUAAAACUUGUCAAUAUAUAUAAAACAAAAUGAAGCAAAAUGUUUUAUAUAUUUAAUGUACAUGUAAAGGUUUACGUAUGGUAAGAAGUAUUUUUGAUACAAACGGCAUUCCAUAAAUUUGUUUCAACCAAUCAAAAGCACUACCCAGAUCUGAGUAGUGACACUUCAUCAGCAUCGAAUAUCUACUCUCAGACGUUAUUUCGCGGGGAAAACACUGGUGGCGUGGCAAAAUAUGGGCUCGUCUUUCAGGUUACUUUUAUAACGAUGAUUUGAGUUUCAUUGUUGGUACCAUAACCAAAGUCCUUUUUUGUCAGAUCCAUCUUUGACCAAGUCAGUACGAUGGAUGUCGUCAUCGAAAAAAUCAUGGUAGGAAUUGUGUUGCAAGGACAAUUAAGUGGAAUUAAUAUUUUGAUCAACUGUUUAUUCAUUCCUGAAAACCGUUUCAUUCUAACAGGCGUUUGCCAAGCGACUCGUUAAUGCUGAUCGAUGUGCACUGUUCAUGCUGGAUUCUAAGACAGAAGAGUUAUACGCUAAUCUGUUUGACGAAGGAGAUGAAGAUGGUUCUGAAUACAAAUUCAGAAGUGGAGUGGAAAUAAGGUAAACAGCAGUGGUUCUAAGACCACAAGUGCACUGCAAAGGCUCAACCGGAAUUUAAGGUCCUUGCAAGAAUGUGCUUUGGGCAAGGAUGUGGAUCGUCUAAAUUAUUUGCACGAAAUGAGAUAAAGUCUAUGGAAUCUUCCUGGUCUGUCAGGAAGAUUAUACUGUAUUUAGGCCCUGGCAAUAUCAAACUGAAAUCGUCGUGAGGUACGGUACCUGUACUAAUUUGUGCUAAAUUUUCUCCGAGCUUGGUACUCUUUAUAAAUGAAUUUAAAAAAUCAGGGAUCACACUGCAGUCAAUUAACAAUUAUUGGACUCGGUUAUCGCAAAAUAUCUUGAUUUGUUAGUGGCGAGCAGAUCAGUUUAUUGAUCUGCGAGAUCAAAAUAUUUUGUGACUGCGACAAUAUUGAAUUAACGCAGUUUUCAUUUUAGACUUUCAAAAAAGCCCUUCGUCGGAUUUGAUAUGGUGUGAGACAACCUCUCGCGACUUCGUCUCUCGCUCGGCCUCAAAGGUUCGCUUCACUCGCUCGGAAACUCGUGAGGUCGACUUGUGGCAAGUGUAUUCUCAUUUGUACUAUGAACUCUUCUUGCCAGGUUUCCUAUGGACAAAGGCAUCGCCGGUUACGUAGCAAGUACAUCUGAGGUCCUAAACAUCAGUGACCCGUAUCGAGACUCGCGCUUUAACCGUGAAGUUGAUAUGAAGACGGGAUACAUUACUAAGUCCAUAUUGUGUGUUCCUGUCAGGUGCAAAGAAAGGUGAGAAAUGCACAGCAGCUGACGGAAAGAAACUAAAUCGCCCUUUUCGUGUAGACACGUUGAGAAUUCUGCGAUGCUGAUCGUGUAGCUGGCGGUUUUUUUGGAGGUCGAUUAAAAAUGGCGAAAAUGGGAACAUGAAGAGGAAUUAUUAUUUCCAUAUCAUUAUCGUUAUCGUUAUCAUUAUCAUUACCAUCAUGAUUAUUGCUAUCGUUAUCAUUAUCGUUUUCGUUGUCAUUAUCAUUACCAUCAUGAUUAUCGUUAUUGUUAUCAUUAUCAUUGUCGUUAUCAGUAUCGUUUUCGUUAUCGUUUUCAUUAUCAUUACCAUCAUGAUUAUCGUUAUCGUUAUCAUUGUCGUUAUCAUUAUGGUUUUCGUUAUCGUUUUCAUUAUCAUUACCAUCAUGAUUAUCGUUAUCAUUAUCAUUGUCGUUAUUAGUAUCGUUUUCGUUAUCGUUUUCAUUAUCAUUACCAUCAUGAUUAUCGUUAUCGUUAUCAUUGUCGUUAUCAUUAUGGUUUUCGUUAUCGUUUUCAUUAUCAUUACCAUCGUUAUAUCGUAUCAUUGUCGUUAUUGUUAUUUUAUCGUUUUCAUUAUCGUUAUCGUUUCAUUGUCGUUAUUAUCAUUUUCAUCAUUUUCAUUAUCGUUAUCAUUAUCAUUGUCGUUAUUAGUAUCGUUUUCGUUAUCGUUUUCAUUAUCAUUACCAUCAUGAUUAUCGUUAUCGUUAUCAUUGUCAUUAUCAUUAUGGUUUUCGUUAUCGUUUUCAUUAUCAUUACCAUCAUGAUUAUCGUUAUCGUUAUCAUUGUCGUUAUCAUUAUGGUUUUCGUUAUCGUUUUCAUUAUCAUUACCAUCAUGAUUAUCGUUAUCAUUAUCAUUGUCGUUAUUAGUAUCGUUUUCGUUAUCGUUUUCAUUAUCAUUACCAUCAUGAUUAUCGUUAUCAUUAUCAUUGUCGUUAUUAGUAUCGUUUUCGUUAUCGUUUUCAUUAUCAUUACCAUCAUGAUUAUCGUUAUCGUUAUCAUUGUCAUUAUCAUUAUGGUUUUCGUUAUCGUUUUCAUUAUCAUUACCAUCAUGAUUAUCGUUAUCGUUAUCAUUGUCAUUAUCAUUAUGGUUUUCGUUAUCGUUUUCAUUAUCAUUACCAUCAUGAUUAUCGUUAUCGUUAUCAUUGUCGUUAUUAUUAUCGUUUUCGUUAUCGUUUUCAUUAUCAUUAUCGUUAUCGUUAUUAUCAUUAUUAUUGUCGUUAUCGUUUUCGUCGUUUCAUGAUUAUCGUUUUUAUCGUUUAUCAUUAUCGUUUUCAUUAUCGUUAUCAUUAUCAUUACCAUCAUGAUUAUCGUUAUCGUUAUCAUUAUUACUAUCGUUAUCAUUAUCGUUUAUCGUUAUCAUUAUCAUUACCAUCAUGAUAAUCGUUAUCGUUAUCAUUAUCGUUAUCAUUAUCGUUUUCGUUAUCGUUGUCAUUAUCAUUACCAUCAUGAUUAUCGUUAUCGUUAUCAUUAUCGUUUUCGUUGUCAUUAUCAUUACCAUCAUGAUUAUCGCUAUCGUUAUCAUUAUCGUUUUCGCUAGCGUUGUCAUUAUCAUUACCAUCAUGAUUAUCGUUAUCGUUAUCAUUAUCGUUUUCGCUAGCGUUGUCGUUAUCAUUACCAUCAUGAUUAUCGUCAUCGUCAUCUUUAUCAUUAUCGUUAUCAUUAUCGUUAUCGUUAUCGUUGUCGUUAUCAUUUCCAUCAUGGUUAUCGUUGUCGUUGUCAUUAUCGUUAUCAUUGUCAUUUUUGCUGUUGCCAUUAUCAUUUUUUCUCACACCCAAACUUGGUCACCAGCCUGGCAGGUUACAUAUAACAUUAGGAAAAGUUCCCAACUUUUUCUGAUACCAUAGGGGAAAACAAUAGCACUUGAAGCCUGUCAACUCAUUCGUUAGGUUAGGUUUUGUUUGAAUGAUUGUAUCCCUUGCUGGGAUCCUUUUCAACAGGGAGAAUUUGAUACCAGAUAAUCAUGCACUAACAACCACCUUUCUAUCGCUUGUUAGCGUCAUUGGCGUAGUACAGAUGGUAAACAACAGGAGGGGAUUUUUCUCACCUGAAGGUAAAAAUAUAAUGUUGGUAACCUGCUGAAAAGUUUUGUUUGGUAGGUUAGUAACUGCAUAUGACAAAGCAGGCAUAACGUAAGAUAAAGAGGAGUAAUUAAACAGCACCAACAGCACUUAUUUUGGUGGAUGCCAGAGUUUGUUUCUGUUGAACUGUUUAAGGUCAAAAAAUGUGCUAAAACAAGUUACGUUUUGAAAAUUUAUGAAAAUAGUGACAGGGAAACCUAAGGUCAUGGAAAACUAGAAAAGGUCAGGGAAAAAGUGAUGUAAAGUCAUGGAAUUUGAAGAAAUCAAAAGAGUACGAACCGUGUCUGUGCUACUUUAGUCUUUUUAAUUCCAUCAUCUACAUAAUACAAGCUAACUAAUCGGGUAAAGUAGUUUCUGCAGCUAGCUAUGAUAACAGUUUGCCCCUUUCUUUAUCUCCGCUUGGCUGAGAUCUCUUGCAAACAAAGGAAAUUGGCGAAAGCUUGGCAAAGCCGGCACUUCAAAGCUAAGAUAGCAAUUUUCACUGUUUAAAGAUUGACACAUUAAUUAAUUACCUAUUCGCCGUUGAUUUACUGAAUAGAAAGUGUACUAAAAGGUAGUUCUACGCGUUUUCACUCUCUCUUAGUCCUAAUUUUUCACAAAUUAAGGUGGAUUUCUAGUGUCGCAUAACUUUAACCUGCGUACGCACGUAAAGAAAAUAGAGGCAAUGUAUGAAACGCCACGCGUAAAAGUAAAAGUUGAGCGAGGUUUGAACUUGAACCCACACGCGCAAGCUUCCAUUUCUCUUUUUUAUUUACGCGCGUAAAAUGUAUGUGCGUACGCACGUAAAAAUUACGCGACAGUGGAAAUCCACCGUUAGGGCUAGGAGAUAAAGAAAAUUUGGAGCAUCAAACUAGGUUAAAAAAUUUUAACCUGAAUUUAUAAUUGUUGCCUACAACGUAUAAACAUUCUUGUUGCAAUAUAAAGCGUAUUGAUAUAGCUUUAUCAGUAAUCUUUUAUUUCUGUAUUUACAAAUCAUCGCGCCUUUUUCGUGUGUCUUGUUUUAGAUGCUCGAUCAUUUGAACUGUUUGCUGGUUACUGUGGGCUGGCUCUUCACUACAGUCAGGUUGGUUUAUAUAAAGCAAAUGUAAAGUACGCGCGCGCCCGUAUCUGGCGUUUUUAUUUUCAAAGCAAAUGUUUACAACGUGAAUUUAGCCUGAACUCAUGAGCAGUUCGAAAAAAGUGAUCGGCAAAGCGAUAUAGAUUAUAUUAAAUAAUCGACUUAGCUUUUUCAUUAACAGUCGUGUCUUGAAUAAUAGGCCUUUAAUGCACUCCAAUCCAGCGAAAGAAGUUUAAGAUAAUGUCAUACAAAUCACGGUCAACCCAAGCCUCGAGAUGGUGCCUAGUGUUAUUCGGGAAGUCGAUUUCGAUCUGUUCCUAUAUUUAAGUUUUUCAGCUAUUUAUUUAUUUUUUUUAUAUAUUAAGCAAUUUAUUAAUUUUUCACUUGAUUACAAUCUUUGUUUCGCCAGAUGUACGGCCAGUUGUUUAAAUCCCAACAGAAGCAUCAAGUCGCCUUGGAAGUACUCACUUAUCACUGUUGUGUAUUGGAGAAUGAAACCCGACAGCGACGCGAGGCAGUAACAUCAUGCGUUCUUCCCAAUGACUUUUAUAGGUAAGAAUCAUCGGUUGGAUAUUUUCUGGCCUUUGCAACUCGAUUAUUAAACUGUGAAAGAAACCGGUUCGAACGAACUUCAAAUAAACUAGUGAUAAUCAACUUAGGGAUCGACGAGUUUGAAUGCAAGCAAGUUCCUAUUUGGGCGAUCGAAACGAGUCUCGACGAGUUCGACGUCAGCCGCGAAGGCUUGCUCAUGCCCAAAUAGGAGGUCAAACAAAGCGUGAUCAACGCUUGAUAGAAGGUCAAAACAAGCGUGAUCAGUUGACGUGUUGUAGAAAGUCCAAACAGAGGUCCAAAGGCGCGUGGUUAGAUUGCGUUCUAUACAUUCCAUUCAUUCUUAGUAGAAUUCCAAACGAAUGCUGGCUACAGCGUGCCGCGCAUGUGUAGUAGCAACCUGAAAAUUAGGACUGAGGGCUCCUCUGGUCGCCCGCAUUAAAUGAAUGAAUGAAUAGAUAAAUAAAUGCAAAAUAUACCGAUUCUCGCCAGCAGAGGGCUAUUUUUGGAAAUGUCACCUUAAAACUAACCGCCUUAUUUAUUUUACAUCUUGUACUUAUUAGUUAUGUAAAGCUUAUAUGAUUAGUUAUCUAAAGAGCUCAGUAUUAAGUUUUCAUAUUCUGGAGGAAAAAAAGCUGAAGUUUCCACUUAAAAAUAGCAAUUUCCUUCUUGCAGGUUUGCAACCUCGAUUUUUUUGUUUAUUUUUCUUUAUUUAUUUAUUUAUUUUGGUUUUACUGAUUAUUAGAAACUGCCGAGAGAGCGGAAAUGACUUAAGCCGGCUAUGAAUGCUACAUGUGUUCCCGCCUUAAUUAUUGUUUUGAUUUUCAUUGUUUCAGUUAUGAAUUCAAUGUCUAUCAAGAUGAUGAAGAUUUGACAAAUUAUUUCAUUCUCAUGACGAUAGAUUUUUUUCAGGAGUGCAAUGUCAGGUAAGUUGAAAGGUUGAAAUCUGGCGAAAGGUGAAAUCUCAACAAACGCGAGUAAUCCAGUUGACCAAUCAUAACUUGUAGCAAAUCUACAAUUGUCGACACAAAGCGCAGGAAAGGCUUUUCAGUAAGUUAGGACUGGAGAUUUAAUGUAUCUUCUGGUUUGGUUGAUAAAGUUGAGCGAGAUUUUUGGCCAAUCAUAAAGCGUAACUCUUUUUUUCAUAAAACUGUUUAAUGUCCAUCGCCUAGCUAGUGGUUACCAGAGCCUUAAGGGCUCUUUUCCUUUCCGUUUGUUGCUGUUGGGUUUUUUUUAUUAUUAUUAUUUUCUUUUUCCGAUUUCGUUCUUUCCUUUUCUUUCUGACUUUUCUUGUUUUCCCCCCAGACUUGAUCUAGACACACUUAUUCGUUUCAUCUUGACUGUCCGCAAGGGUUACCGUCCUGUGGCAUAUCAUAACUGGGCGCAUGCCUUCUCUGUGGCACACAGCAUGUGCAUCGUCAUGAAAGAAGCCGCUGGAAUAUUUACCUGGGAGGAGGUAUGAUGAAUACGUUAAAGACGAAGGAGCUGUGUGACGAAAUUGAGCUAAAAUCCCCCAUUAGAAACUGAUCACCAAAUUAGGUGAAAUAUAAAAAUAAACGGACGGGCUAUCUUUUGUAAUUUGCAAUAAUUAGUUUUACUGUUUGGGCCAGUCUAGUUCCCAAGAAUUAGAGCAACCCUCAGAAAAUCGUAUUACACUGUAUUCGUCGAUAUUACGAACGUUAGACAAAAAUGCCUCUUUUCAAGAACAUGCACAUGCCAGAAUGAUGGCAUAAGAGGGGCGCCGGAUACCGCACACGUUUUAUGUCAGUUCCGAGGCAAACCACUGCUUUGGAUAACCAAAACUCUGUGCUAUGCUCUGUCAUGAGUGUAGCAUCCUGUAAGGACCAUGCAAUGCCUUAAGCGUCCUGUGUGGCGAUGAAUUAUGAAUGAAUUACAGUCGAAACUAAGAUAACAGACAGACCAGUCCAUUUUCAAAGAGAAUUAAAUUGUUAGUCAGGGCCGUCCACUGGGGCCUGUUUCUCGAAAGUCCCGGUAACUUUUUGGGUCCUAAGGCAAAUUUUGGAUUCAAAACCUGUUGAAGAGUUGCGCAUUUCGUAGUUCACAAACCGAUCGAUUUUUACUUUGUUAACUGAUACUUUCAUUGUAUCGUUUUCAAAAUUGUUAAACUUGAAUGCAUGAACACGACAAACAUAAAAGAGCUUUUCGGGCCCGAAAAGUUAUCGGGACUUUCGAGACACGGGUCCAAGAUCACAACUCCAACCCUAAACAGAAUGCACCGCGGUGAUGGUUUUUUGUGGAAGCACUUUUCACUAGCGACGGAGUCGGAGUCGGAGUCGUAAGAGCGCUUAUGACCUUGUGAAAAUAAAAAAUCGGAGUCGUAAGUGGAGUCAUAAGCUCGACGGAAUCGGAGUCCGAAGAGUCGGAACGUUUACAUUUUCUUCUGACUCCGUCGCUUCGUUCCGCUUAUGAUCUAGUGAAAACCAGAUUGUCGAAGUCGGAAGCAGAAGCAGAAGCGGAGGGAUAAACCAAUCACAAUGCACGUUCCCACGCUUUGUGCGGAUUGGUUUAGUUUUUCCGCUUCUGCAUGCGACUCCGACCAACCAGUUUUCACUUGAUCGUCAGCGGAAUCAGAACGCUGUUUUCAGUAGAUCGUAAAGUUCUACGCUUCUGAUUACGACUCCUACACCGACUCUGUCGAUAGUGAAAACCAGCCUCAAAAUAGCUGGUUUUUAGUUCUGACCUUUUGUGGGGCUCAACUGACAUAUAAAACGCUGCAUUUUUAUAGUCACCUAUGCGGACACCUCUCCCAGGCGGAAACUGUCUUCCGGUCCUAUAUGCAAUGUUCGACUGUAUAGACUUAGUGUCUUCUAACAUUCGGCGUAGUGGCGUUUUAAUAUUUGACCGAACAACUAAUCAGAGAAAAACCUCUAUUUCUUUUCUCAGAAAAUUGCGUUGUAUCUUUCGUGUAUCAUUCACGACAUCGAUCAUCGCGGUUACAACAACGCGUUCAUGAUCAAAAAUAAGUCUCCACUGAGUCGUCUGUAUUCCACAUCGACCAUGGAAUGGCAUCAUUUCAAGCAGGGAGUUUUUAUCCUAGAGGUAAUGAUCGUACGUCUUUCCUUGCGCUUCUCAAUAGACUCAUCCACCGAUGUUUUCAACCGUUUUGGUUGGGACCUGUUAGGAUAAAUCCAUUACACCGCUGGAAAGAGCAUCUUAAAAAAUUGUUAAAAACUCACGAACGUAUAGCUCUGCAAAGUCGCGUAAUUUUACAGACGCGGGCGUUUGUAUAAAGGUGUGGGGCAAGUUCGUGCCCUCUCCAUACAAACGUCUAUAAACGUCGCGACUUAUUGGAGAAAUAUCUUCGCUAGCCUUGGACAUAUGACCUUUGAACUUAAUUGGUUAGCUUACUACCUUAUUAUAGGAAAUUAACGCUCCAUGAAAUUAAGGUAUUGGAAAUUAACGCGACUUAAAUUAACGCGAAUUUUAACGAUUCGCGUUAAUUUCAUGGAGCGUUAAUUUCCUAUAAUAAGGUAAUUUUAAGGCCCUGACUUUUCAAGGGUAUUUGUUCACUGGUCUUUUAUAACUGAAAAAAGACAAACAAACACUUCUCUGGAUGACUUCUUUUGUAACGACCCUACUGCUUUCUCAUGUAAACCGUAGGAACGAGAAGAGAACCAAGGUAGUAUGUUUUAAAACAAGGUCAACCCUACAUUUGCAUUACCUCAAAGGUUAUGUAGGUACUUAACGUAUAACCAUAAAACUUUCCAGUUCCUUUAUCAAUCAUCGAAAGAACAAAUUAAAGUAGUAUCUUUUCGCCGCUGCCUGAGUUAAUUCACCGAAAGAUUUGUUUUGGCCCGAAAAUGGUGCUUAACACAGUCUAAUUUGGUCCAAUUUAUCUCUAGUUACGACCAACAUAGUCCAAGUUGUCACCAUGAACUCACGAAAUGAGUCCCAAAGCGGGCUGAAAUAAUUGUUUGUAACUGUUUUGACAUGAAUUGAUCUUACGAGAAGCCAAAUCAGGGUCCAGAUCAUUCGAACCAGCAUUGUACUUUUUCUUAGUUCCCGUUAGUUAGGAUGUUAUAAUGAUCUUCAGUUAGGUCACCUUUGAAUUUAAUCUAACUUGCAUGAGAUAUUCCUCUGGGGUAGGUAAAGUUAAGCGUGUAAUAUGAGAUGAAUGCGUAAUCAAACAAUUCUCAAACUAGUUUUAAACUGUGGUUCGAAUAGGCAUUACAGUGAGCUUUAUUGUAAAGGGCUAAAUAGUAAGUCUGUCUUAAUCCCAACAGAGAGACGGUCAUAAUGUUUUGAGUGCUCUUUCCACGAAACAGUUCAAGGAUAUUCUCGAGCUUAUGGAAGAUGCCAUUUUAGCAACAGACUUGAUGUUGUUCUUUGAAAACAGAGCAAAGCUUGAAGCGAUUAUUAAGAACGACAAAUUCGGUUGGAGUAUUCCUGAGCACAGGUAAUGUUAAGAAUCUGUUUGUUAAAGUUCACACAAGUGUCAGUCGAAACUGCAUCCAAAACUCAGAGUUGAUUUUUUCAUUGAGAACGAAAGAUCACGAUGUAGUGGGUCUAGUGGUCAGGACUCGAAUAAUUUAAGUUCUGAAAUCAGCUGCGCAAAAAACCAUCGAUGGUAUUUAGAAGCUAACAGGGGUGUUCCUUUUCAGGAGACUUGUUCGUCGUAUUUUGAUGACUGCGUGUGACCUUUGCACCUCUGCCAAACCUUGGUCCAUUCAAGUUGUUUCCGUCAAGAAAGUGUAUGAAGAAUUCUACUUACAAGUGCGUAUCUUCUCUUCUUCUUUUCCCAAUCAAAUGCAAUCCUGUUUAUGCAGUGCAUGACAUUGUUAUGUUUUCCUUGCUACUUUGGCAUAAAAAUCUUUUCCCUUCACCUUACUCACUAAAAGUACGUUAGAAUUUUGAAGGUACAUUCGUCAAUGCAUCAGUUGCGUGCGAGCAACAAGAGAAAUAGAUCAAUGAACAGUCCAAGGAAGCAGGAAAAAAAUUACUAUCGCAAUUUUUUCUUAGAUUAUUGAUCAGUACCCCCUCCCCCCGCUCGCUUCCUCUCACAUCAGUUUAAAGAGUUGUGCCCACUGUGGUCACUUGAUGCAAACUCGUCUGUUGAAUGUUGAAGGGGUAUUAUUUGUUAGUGCCCAUUUCUCUUAGUACUACGAUAUCCAAAGACGUCAUUGUAUAUAGAAUUUAAAUGCCGUUGGAUGAAUACACCCUGUAGGAUUGAUCGGAAAAGUUUAAACGAUAUAUUACGUACAUGAACAGGGUGACGAAGAGAAGCAGAUGGGUUUGACGCCAAUUCCGAUGAUGGAUAGAACCAAGAAACACGAGAUUCCUCAAAACCAGGUAAGGGGCCGACCAUUUAACUCUUGAGGGGAGGGGUGGGUGAUUUCUGGUCAUCAAGAAUUUUUUUUUCUAGCAAUCUGGUGGGCAGGAUAUUUUUUCCCUUUUUUUUCCAUAAGCUUUCUAUUACAUUUGUGCUGCAUGCAAUUUUUUUCUUCCGACAAGCGCUUGCAGGAAAUUUUUUUUCAAAAUCACCCACCCCCUCCCUCAAGAGUUAAAUGGUCGGCCCCUAAGUUAUUACUUUGUUUCUAUACUACGUGUAUCCGGCCCAUGUCUGAAUAUGCCUGCCAAGUUUUCCACAAUGGUCUGCCUGAGUAUCUCUCUGAAGAGCUAGAGAAAAUUCAGCGCCGUGCACUUAGAAUUAUUUUCCCAGAUUUAGGCUAUCAAGAGGCUCUCAAAGAGUGCAAUAUUACCACCCUCCAUCAACGGCGCCAAUGGCUGACAGAGCGCCUAUUCAAUGAGAUUAAGGACAACAGCCUCCACAAAUUUCGUGGCCUUUUGCCGCCACGUAAUCUUAGUACUGUAGCCUUAAGGAGAAAGCGCGCUUUUAACGUGCCUCUUUGUAGAACAAAUAGACUAAUGAAUAGUUUUAUCAUGCAUAACGCGGCUAUUUUGUAAUGGUUUUAUUGUAAAUUCGCGGCUAUUUUCUUAAAUUUCAUGACGUAGUAUCUUUGUUCCUUUGUUUUAUUUAUUUACUGUUAUUGAUUUAUAAUAGUUAGUCUUAGUAUUCAACGUAUUGUACAGUCCGUAAUCCAGCCCUUGGGCUGCAAUGGAUUUUUAAUAAAGCUAUCUAUCUAUCUAUCUAUCUAUCUAUCUAUUAAGCAGCAAUACAACUGAUACACCCUCAUCAUGCUCCAACACCUCACUAUCAUCACUAUCAUCAUCAUUAUCAUCACCGCCACUAUCACCAUUGCUAUCACUUUCGUCAUUGUUAUCACUAUCAUCAUCAUCAGCAGCAGCAGCAACAGGUAGACAUAUUAAAUUCUGCAAGCAGAAUAUUGCAAUGCUGAUCGUACUACGUAAAAAUUAACUUUGCAAGACAUCAACACGACACCCGAAAGAACCCAAAACAGAGCGGGAUUGAAGCCAUAGACAGUUGUUUCACUAUUAUUAUAGUUCAUCAGUUUGGCGUAACAAAAGAGCUCUGCUGAAAAAUAAGCUGCGCACUCUGAUUUAAGCAACAGCUUUAUCGUUACCAGCAGUAGCAGUAGUGGUAACAGCUCCAGCUCCAACAUCACCUCCGUCGUCAUCAUUAUCAUCAUUAUCAUCAUCAAAAGCAGCAGCUCCACCACCACCACCACCAUAUUCAUCAUCGUCAUCGUCAUCAUGGUCGUCUUUUUCGUCGUUUGUUACAAAAAUGUAAUUACUUCUUUGUCACAGCUUCUCAUCUCUACGCAGCUCCAGAUUUAACGAAUCCCAUGUUUCUCAACCAAAUAGACCUUUAAAGCUUGUUGGGUUGUUUGUUUUAAUAUAAAUUUCAGUCAACAUGAUUUUACUGUAUAUGCAAUGCCUUAGCAAUGGAACCCCGGCUUCCGACCAUCCCAUUAUUAUAACUACCCGGUAUGCACGGCUUUUACUUAGCAUUUCCCCGAAAGCCUUGUUUAUGUGACCACCUCAUUAAGCAUUGGUCCAGCAUUGGUCGCAUGGAAGGCGGUCUUAAAAUCAACAGUUCUCUUUUUCAAAUUCACCGUAUUCAGCUGUAUGACAUGAAUGCAUACCGAGAGAAAGUUAUAUGGACUAAAGCGUGUAAAAACCACCCAAGUUCUCAAAUGUAAAUGGAACAAUUUGACAAGAAAAUCGAUCAGCUCACACCAGUUGUUUAGGUUGCACAAAUUCAGCAGUCAGGCCCUAGUUGUUUUUAAACAACAUGUACAAUGCUUUCCACCGGAUACAUAAGUCUUUAAGAAAACUAAUUGUGCCAUUCAGUGGAAGCUGCUGACACCAGUUGUAUGUAUAAUCGAUCUUGAACUCGUAAAUUCAUGCAGUCAUGUUGAUUUUUUAUAAAUUCUUUUUAGGUUGGAUUUUUGAAAGGCAUUGUCAAACCCUGUUACUCAGUCCUUGCUAGUGUCCUCCCAAUGCUGGAACCGACACUAGGCAUUAUUGAGUAA